AGCAGCAGCCGCCGCCGCGGGCAGCGGGAGCAGCAGCGGCCGGCGGGGCAGCGGGGGCCGCCUCCUCGCCGAGGGUCGCCCGCCCGCUCGCCCUCCCCGGGCCAUGGGCAGCCCCUGACCCCGCCGCAGCACCGGGUCCAAAAUGACGGUCAAAGCUGUAAAAAUGCCGUGCACCUCUGCAAACGUUUAUACUAAAGUGCCUGACGGAGGAUGGGGCUGGACAGUUGCUUUUGCAUUCUUUGUUGUGGAAGCCCUCACAUACGGCAUCAUAAAAUCAUUUGGAGUCUUCUUCAAUGACCUGAUGGAAAGCUUUGACGAAACCAACAGCAGGAUAUCAUGGAUAAUAUCCAUAUGUGUGUUUGUGCAGACCUUCACAGCUCCUCUGUCGACGGUGCUCAGCAACCGCUUCGGUCACCGCUUGGUGGUGAUGGCCGGGGGGCUGCUCAUCAGCACCGGGAUGGUCAUCGCCGCCUUCGCCCGCUCUGUCGUGGACAUGUAUGUCACCAUCGGCAUCAUCUCCGGCCUUGGAUACUGCCUCACCUUCCUCCCGACUGUCACCAUUUUAUCACAGUAUUUUGACAAAAGGCGCUCGCUGGUCACAGCAGUGGCAUCUACAGGGGAAUGUUUCGCCGUCUUCUCCUUCGCACCAGCAAUCACAGCUCUGAAGGAGCAGAUUGGCUGGAGAUACAGCAUGCUUUCUGUCGGGGUGCUGCAGCUUGGCAUCACCGUCUGUGGAUCGCUGCUGCGACCCAUCAUCAUCAAAGAGCAAGAAGAAGUGAAAGCACAGCCUCCAGAAGAGUCCACCGAGACAAAGUACAUGCUUGAAAACGAGCAAACAUGCACCUCAAUAGAGUCCAUAGACUCAGGAGUCGAUAUAACUACCUCACCCAGCAACGUGCCUGGAAAAACCAAAGCAGAGCCGAAAAGUGAAGAACCAAAGCAACACGGACAGAUUCCCGUUGAAAAUAACAGCACCCCUCCAGAACCAAAAACCAAACUACUGGACUUCUCUGUGAUGAGAGACUAUAGCUUUAUCUGUUAUGCAUUCUUUGGCCUGUUUGCAACCCUGGGCUUCUUCGCUCCCUCCCUCUACAUCAUCCCCCUGAGUCUCAGCCUGGGCAUCGGCAAGGACCACUCCGCGUACAUCCUGUCGGCCAUGGCCAUCGCCGAGGUCUUCGGGAGGAUUUUUGCUGGCUGGGUCCUCAACAAGAAGCCCAUCCGCAAGAUCUACAUCGAACUCAUCUGUGUCAUCCUGCUGUCCGUAGCGUUGUUUGCCUUCCCUUUUGCCUCCGAGUUCUGGGGCUUGAUGACAUGUAGCAUUUAUUUUGGGUUCAUGCUCGGCACGGUGGCGGGCACACAUAUUCCCCUCCUGGCAGAAGAUGAUGUGGUUGGCAUUGAAAAGAUGUCUUCUGCAGCUGGAGUCUACGUCUUCAUUCAAAGCUUAGCUGGGUUGGCUGGACCACCCAUUGCAGGUGUCUUAGUGGAUACGACAAAGAACUACAGCUCAGCCUUCUACUCCUGUGCUGCUGGCAUGGUCCUGGGGGCCGUGUUUCUGGCCCUGGUGAGGCCGUGCAAGACUGGGCUGUGCCGCCGCCACCGCCAUCACCAGCAGCAGCAGCAGCAGCAGCAGCAGGAGGAGGAGGAGAGCCCACCAGGGCCCCCACCAGAAUUACCAGAUGACUUUAUAGACAUGGAUAUUGGAAAAGCGGAAAAUUCAGGAAAAGGCUCUGACAGCGUGGUAUAGAAAACAAAAACAAACCCCGUUCCUUUUCUCCAUCUAACGUACUCGGCGUAAGGCUGGGGAAAAUGUCAGCUCUGCUCCACGUUUUAAAACUACAUUCUAAAGGGAAUGUGAAAUUUUAAAUGUGAACAGUUGCUACCAACAACUUUUUUUUUUUUUUCUAAAAUAUUAGACAGAACUUUUUUAACCAACAAUGGAAAGCUCCAUAGAAAAUACGGAUAGCCACGUAAAAAUAACUCCUGUCUAGCAUGAAGAUGUGAUGCACACUCUUGCUUUCCUGAUAACAAGCAUAGGUAAAGGUUCAACUGAUCCCAUAAAUACUGACAACAGCAACAGCAGAAGCAGCUCAGCCUCUGACUGUCACCCAUCCCCUACCACAAAUUCCACACAGACAAGAAACCGAUGAUACGAACUGGAGACAAGCAUUUCAUACACCACCAGUAGCCAACUGAAUCUUCUUCUGGAGGGAUACAGACUCAUGUUUUAGCUUUGAGGAGGAGGCUAGGCUAGAUAGCUGACACUUAGAAACCAUUGCUAAUGAUCUUAACUUGAAUGUCACAAAUGCUGGGAAAUCAAAGGCUCCGUGUGUCUUUAUGGCCAGUUUUUACUGCACGUAUUUUCCUGAGAUCAUUUUUCUUCUCCUGAUUGGGACCCCUAGAACUGUUUUCUAUUGAUAGUCAGAUCUGAUGUACUGUUUCUAAUUUAACUAGUAUUUAUUAAUUUAUUCUGAGAUUGUUAAAGGAGGUUAGCUUAAAUAACUGGAGAGGAAAAAUGAUCUUCUGCAUAACGGAAAGCUGUCUUUACAUCAUUCUCUUCAAUGCCUAUCUUGUAUUGCUUGUGAAAUUGUUGGGGAAAUUACUCUUACAGCAUAAAGUGUAGCUGUUUUUAAUAGGUAAGUCUUAAGUAACCCAGUUAUUUAAAAAGGAAAAAAAAAUAAUAAACUGCAGAUCCAGCAUCUCUUUCCACGGAAAAAAGGCUCAGCAGGUGCCAAUGGACGUGGCACCACUGCAGAACCAGCCCACCCUGCAGGGAGGAUUUGGCCCAGCGUGUCUUAAUGUACCCAAAACCUUCGCUCACAGGUGCACCAGGAAACCUCUGCCUCAUCCCCGAUGGAAUGUGGGACCCCCCACGUCACUCAGCCCCUCGCUCCCCACGUCUGUGGGGUCACGGGGUGGCUGGGCCGAGCUGCACCCCCUUCCCUAGCUCUCCCUGCUCCCCCAAAGGCAGCAAGAGGCUUUUUGGUUUGUUUUUUUUUGCUGCUGAGAUCAGUGAGAAGCGAAGUGGAGCCUGUGCACCUCGGUGGCGCGAAGGGAGCGACAAAAGACAAGGGACGAGCUGUUCAUUUUUAGUCUUAACAGGAGAGAUUCCUGCUCACGGUGACACGAGCUUGCUUACCCCACCUAUAUGCAUCUUCUCGCCUCUAGGCAACUCAGGGGGACAAAUCAAACAAGUCUGUUUCGGUUUGGAAGGAAACCCAAACCACCAUUUCUGUGUAUUUCGAGUGGAAGUGGCAUCAUCCAUUAACUGCUACGCUGACCUGUCUGUGUUUUACCAGCCAUAAGAAAUGUGGGACAAUCUGUGUAAAAAAAAAGAAAAAAAAAAAAAAGGAGAACAACCUCUUUUUGGGAAGGUGCUUGAUUUGUUUUUUUUCUGUCUUAGAUGUCCAUAAAAAAAAAAAAAAAAAAAAAAAAAAAGGAAAAAAAAAAAAAAAAAAAAAAAAAAAGAGAAGAGAAACAGGCACUCUUGCAAGUGGCUGGAGCAAUUCAUCCUCACUGCCCGAGACCCGCGGUCUCGCGUCCUUCCUCUGCCUCAGCACUUUAUCACGGCCAGCAGAACCUCGCUGCGUUGCACCCAGGACUGGAAGACCCCCUUACAGAGAACUAAGAGUCGCGUGAAAAAAUCAGUGAUUAACGAACAAGUAACCAUGUCGCAUUAAAAGAUGUGCUUUUUAUUUAUUGUUUUAAUUUAUGAUACUUCAAGCGUUUUGGUAAACGUUCUGUAGCCUGUAAUUGUAAGGUUAUUGAAGUCUUUGUGACACGAGACCUCACUACAGCACUUUGCUAUUCCAACUGCUUGGAAGUGGAAAAAAAGGCCUCCAGGUUUUGCGUGUGUGUGGAAGCUCCCUGUUCUGCAGAUUUGCGAGGUUCUACUGUAACUUAGGUUUGGUUUUUUUGUUUUGUUUUUUUACAACAUUUUCCAAUACAGAUCAAAUAAUAUGUAUGUCACUGACCUCACAGUCCAUUUCUGUUCCUGUCUGUGUAGCAGCACGAGCAGGGGAGCGAGUGAUGAGUAUGUGUGUGUGCGGGCGCAGCAGACCCACAAGCAGGAUUUACUGAUUUGUUUGUAACGUACCCAGUGGACUCUGGAAAUACUCUAAACACUGAGACUUGCAAUAAACUUUUUCUUUUUUUU